ACAAUACGGCUUGCAUUAUAUUUCUAUUGGGGAACGCCACUAAAGAAGGAGUCAGUGAGCAGGGGGAUUCUCACUUUCUUUUAGAAACUAGGAGGAGAGGCCAUUGCAGAAGUAAGUUCCAAGAUCCCAGGCAAAUUGCUGGCACCAUUUCCUGGGUUUCUGAGAAUCAAUGGCAGAGGCACAAAACAGCACAGAACAGGGUGGGGUCGAUUCCUUGCCUGCUUCCUUUCCAUGUUCAGGCACAAACACACCAUCCUGAAACUUCUGUCACUAUCAUUGCUUUGGUAGCAUGAGACUGUAGUUGUUAUCUGGGCUUUGAUUUGGGGACAAGAGCGUUUUAACCACUAAGAGACUUCCGGAGAAGCUAGUGUCCAUAAAGAUAUUCUUAAAACCAAGCGGCUUUGUUUUCAAAACGAUUUGCACGCAGACUGCUGGCUUGGGAUGCCGGAGGAAGCCUGGCCCGUCCGCGCCGGCCUGCGCAGCACAUCUGGAAGUGGUUUCAGGCGCCGCCUCACUCCGCCAGCACAACGCCUGCAUUCCCAGCUGCUUCCCCCAGGAGUGGAAGAAACCCGAGCUGCUCCAAAGUCAACGCAAGCAAAAGCCGGUACGAGUGGGGGUAGGAAUACUCUCUUGGAAACGUAAUAUUGGCCUUGGGUUCUUCGGCCCUUUGGGUUUUCCAAUGGGAUCUUAGAAGCAGCUGCAGCAGCGUGGAGGGCAGCAGCCCCAGGCCAGCCACGAUUUGAACACUCUGCCCUGCAGGUCUUCUGGACCAGGAACCCAAAGCUCACAAGGUCACAGUUUUUUAUCUACGUGAAUACACAUGGCUUUGUUACGAAAAAUUAAUCAGGUGUUGCUCUUCCUUCUGAUUGUGACCCUCUGUGGGAUUCUGUAUAAGAAAGUACAUAAGGGGACUGUGCUCAAGAAUGAAGCAGAGGAUGACUCUGAGAUGCCUGAGGAACUGGAAGGGGAGAUUCCCGUGGUGAUUUGUGCAGCAGCAGGAAGAAUGGGUGCCGCCAUGGCUGCCAUCAACAGCAUCUAUAGUAACACAGACGCCAACAUUUUGUUCUAUGUAGUUGGGCUCCGGAACACUCUCUCUCGAAUACGAAAAUGGAUCGAACAUUCUAAACUGAGAGAAAUAAACUUUAAAGUUGUGGAAUUCAACCCUAUGGUCCUCAAAGGGAAGAUCAGAGCAGAUUCAUCGAGGCCCGAAUUACUCCAGCCUCUGAACUUUGUUCGAUUUUAUCUCCCUCUGCUUAUCCACCAACAUGAGAAAGUCAUCUAUUUGGACGAUGAUGUCAUUGUGCAAGGUGAUAUCCAAGAACUGUACGACACCACCUUGGCCCUGGGCCAUGCGGCCGCGUUUUCAGAUGACUGUGAUUUGCCCUCAUCUCUGGACACGAACAGACUCGUGGGGCUGCAGGUGAGCCCACUGUUUCAGAUUCCUACCUUGACCCUGCCGCUCUCACCCUCUCUUCUCCCACAACGCAAAAUACAGAAUACAUAUAUGGGCUAUCUGGACUACCGCAAGAAGACCAUAAAGGACCUGGGCAUAAGCCCCAGCACUUGUUCUUUCAAUCCCGGUGUGAUUGUUGCCAACAUGACGGAAUGGAAGCACCAGCGCAUCACCAAACAAUUGGAGAAAUGGAUGCAAAAAAAUGUGGAGGAAAAUCUCUACAGCAGCUCCCUGGGUGGAGGUGUGGCCACCUCCCCGAUGCUGAUUGUAUUUCACGGGAAAUACUCCACUAUCAACCCCCUGUGGCACAUAAGGCACCUGGACAUUUGGGGAUUAUUUUAGAAUUGGAGACAAUGGAUUUAUUUUUACCAGGUAUCUACUGCACUGACAAGAACUGAGCUAGGUUCCGGUGAUAAAGGUGAACAUUAUUUCUAAUUUUGAGAAUAAUCCUGCAAGGUGGUAUGUCCCUUACUCUCUAGGACAGAGAAAGGACAGAAAAAAUGGUGGAAGCUGGGUUCUUGUCUCUUCUUCUUUAUAGAUUUGCUUCUGCCUCAUUACCAGAAUCUUCCCUGAUUUUCCUGAGCAUCUGUAUGCAUGUUAAGAGUGACACAGGGAUGUUAAGGACACUAUUGUUCUGUCUGAUUUGAUUUAUAAUAAUAUUGAGUUCACUGUUAAGCCAAAUAUCAACAUAUCCAUGUAAUGAAUGUGCAGAAAAUCCCAUCAAAGGAGAAUGUCUUUAAGAAAUAUUGUGUAAGAAAAACUAUGCAGAACUUAGAUCAAUAAGGUUAGAUUAUUUUAUGACCUUGGAACAGACACUCAGAAUUACAUUUUGUGAAACAUCUAACUUAUCGACAAGUAGUAGGAAGGAGCAGGAUCUUCCCAAGGGAAAGAAGUCAUUUUUCUUUGUAGAACAGAACCUAUUCUGUGCUGAAAGUUUUGGAAUCAGGGACGAUUUGCAAAGUAAAUCUACACAAUGAUCAUUUGAAAAAUGACUCAGUUUUAGAGUGUUCUGAAAGCAGAAAGCAAUGUUAACGCUCAUGGGUAUUAAGUUUGAGCCUCAACAGGGAGGCUUAAGAUUUAAAAAAUUUAUGAAACAUACUUAGCUAAAAGCAAAAUCUCAAGUCCGUACGCAGUCCUUCAGCUGAAAGAUGCUGUCCUACUCUGUGAUGACUUCUCACAUGAAGGUGCCUCUUCCCAGUGAGCAUCGCCUUUGUAGAUUCUUUGGAAGUUGAUAAUUUUUCCAAUUAGGCCUCUAUUGCCUGCAACACCAAGCUCUUCUGCUGCAACUGCCUUCACAGCUAUGUUUAUGAAUAAUGUAAGACAGGACGUUUUUUUUCUUAUAUGUUAAACUAGAAUAACAAAAUCUAGGUAUUCUCUCUCUCUCUUUACUCAGUGGACUUUUGGUUUUUUA